AUGAGGAGCUUAGCUCCUCUUCCGAGUAGGCAAGUAGGGCCGGGAGCAUUUCCUCGUCUAGGUCACGCGUUGCUGGCCACUAAAAACGCGGUCCGGGCUGGCUCGGGAAAUGUUAGUGGCGAGAGCGCGGAGGAAUGGAGCGGUAUGUUCGCGGCUGAUUCGCGGAGGCGAGUUUGGCCCAACGGUGCAGAGACGGAGAAUCAGAACUCGAUGGUAUGGUUGCCGAGCGCGUUCACAGGAGCGGCUUUUGAGAUGCCUCAAAAGUCGUUUACAGGAGCGCAGCCAGCGCUGGCGGACGGAGAUUUUCCAGGAAUCGACGAACACGAACGACCGUAUUUUCGGUACCCCACCGCAGCAGCGCACAAAGCAACCGCAGCCGCGCAGGGAGGAACUGCAGCAGGUGGAGGAACCCUAGCAGGAGCACCAGCAGCAGCAGCAGGGACAGCAGGAACAAAUGCUGAAUCGUUUGCGAUGAUUAGAGCUCGCGAGUCCACCCCAGCUCAUUUCGCCAUUCGCCAUUCUCCUGUCGCAAGCGACUCAGCCCCGGCAGCAGCAGCCGCCGCCGAGGGCUCGAGAUACAACCCCGACGCGCUCCGAGUCCUUUCCGAAACCCUAGCUCCACGACUGAGUCGCUCUGGCUCCACAGCAACCUCUCUUUCACUCACUCCAGCCUCUAAUAACUCCUCAGCUGAAGCGAUCGUCGUAUCUAGGGAUGGUGUCGGAUUGCCAGGGUCGCCAGGAUCGCCGGGUGAAAACGCGAUUGGGAAAAGCGCCGAGUUUUCAGGAUCGAGCAGGGUGGGAGGCGACGCGACGCUGGGAGGAUUCUUACCUCCGCGAAUGGCGGGGCUCAGGCUGACGUGGUCGUGGGAGGAGUGGAUUUUGGGGCUCGGGAUUGGCGCUGCGGCUAUUGGCUUCGCCAUGGCUCUUGUCACGAGCGCGACUGGCGGGAGACUCGGACUUGGUCGAAACAUGUCCGCCGUUGUAGCCCCCACCGGGAGGGCUGUUAGCGGGGUUGUUCUUAGCGAGGCUGCUGCUGCUAGCGGGUCGGUUCUUAGCGGGGAUCUUCUGGCAGGUGGCGAUGCGGCAGCAGCGGCCGGCAGGGGGGCCGCGGCGCCAGUGAUAAUGUUGGGGGAGGAGCAGCUUAUAAGGGUCGGAGAAACCGGAAAGAAGGUUCCGUUCUACCUGAGGGAGGCGAAGCCAGGAGUGAUCGAACUGUCUGCGGCCACUCUGCCCCACGUGCUGCGACUCAGGCCCACGCUCGUCAUGUUCUACGCGCCCUGGUGCCCCUACUGCCAGCGCAUGGAGGGGGCAUGGGCGCCUCUGGCAGAGAAGCUUCAUCAGGAGAGCUUCAACGUGCAG